AAACAACAACUCCAGUCUGCUAGUCGUCUUCGUCAGUCUCCCCCUCCAACCCUCUUUUAUUUAUCUAGGGCUUAAAUCACAAAUCGCAACUCAAUUUCACGAUCUGUUUCAAUUCACCUCUAAAAUUCAAAUUUAGGUCUCGAUGUUCUUCAUGCGUCACUUGAUCCGUUUCCUCCCGUUAAUUUCUCUGCUGUUGCUGUUAAUAGCAAGCACGUCAUAUGGAUCUCCUGGCAAUCGUAAAACUGGAAGAUCAUCAGUAUUUUCAUUGUUUAAUCUCAAAGAGAGGAGUAAGUUCUGGAGUGAAGCUGUGAUACGAAGCGAUUUCGAUGAUUUAGAGACUACAACGGUUGAACAAUCAAGCGUUCUUAAUUUCACCAAGGCAGGGAAUGUUGCCAAUUAUCUACAGAUUUUAGAAGUUGAACACAUGUAUCUUCCGGUUCCUGUGAAUUUCAUCUUUAUAGGAUUUGAAGGCAGUGGGAACCAAGCCUUUAAGCUACAUGCUGAAGAAAUUGAGCGUUGGUUCACAAAAAUCGAUCAUAUAUUUGAACACACUAGGAUUCCACAAACAGAAGAAGUUCUUUCUUCCUUUUAUAGAAACAGGAUAUACAAAAGUCAUCAGCAUCACCUUCCUCUUGUCAGUCACCUCAAUUACAAUUUCUCUGUUCAUGCUAUCCAGACGAGUGAGAAAGUUAACUCCAUUUUUGAGCAUGCUAUUGGUGUGUUCUCUCGUAAGGAUGAUACUAAUCAUACCAGGCAUGAUGGUCUAUGGCAAGUUGAUGUGGAUAUGAUGGAUGUUCUAUUCACCAGCCUUGUGGAAUAUCUUGAUUUAGAAAACGCAUAUAAUAUUUUUGUAAUGAAUCCUAAGCGUGAUGCAAGGAGAGGUAAAUAUGGAUAUAGGAGAGGAUUGUCAGAGAGUGAAAUAAAUUUUCUUAAGGAGGAUAAAAGUUUACAAGACAAAAUCCUUCGGUCAGGAAGCGUGACAGACAAUGCUCUUGCUAUAUGGUCAGCUAUGGACAAAGUCAAGAGACCGUUGUACAAAAAACAUCCAAUGGCAAAGUUUUCGUGGACAAUAACUGAAGAAACCGAAAUGAUAGAAUGGUAUGAUAGUUGCCUGAAUGCAUUGAACAACGUUGAAAGGCUAUCCGAAAAGAAAGAUGUGGCCGAUAUUAUUCAAGCAAAAGUUGUCCAGUUGUUAAAUGGAAAAAAUGAGGACAUGAAGCUUCAAUGGACGAAGGAUUUGAAAUCCGGUGAUUUGAGUGGGGUCCAUGCAGAAUGUCUUACAGAUACAUGGAUCGGUAAAGACCGAUGGGCGUUUAUUGAUUUAAGUGCGGGUCCGUUCUCGUGGGGACCCGCUGUUGGUGGAGAAGGUGUGCGUAUGGAACUCACCUUACCCAAUGUGGAAAAAACCAUUGGUGCAGUUGCAGAAAUUACGGAAGAAGAGGCUGAAGAUCACUUGCAAGAAGCAAUUCAGGAGAAGUUUGCUGCAUUUGGGGAUAAAGAUCAUCAAGCUAUAGAUAUUCUUUUAGCAGAGAUAGAUAUAUAUGAGCUUUUUGCUUUCAAGCACUGUUGGGGAAGAAGGGUGAAACUUUCUCUCUGUGAAGAGCUUGAUGAGAGAAUGCAUGACUUAAAAACGGAGCUCGAGUCAUUUGAAAAGGACGAUUCUGUUGAAAGCCAUAAACAAAAGGCUGUAGAUGCUUUAAAACGGAUGGAGAACUGGAAUUUGUUCAGUGAUAUAGCUUAUGAGCAUUCCCACAACUACACAGUUGCACGCGAUACAUUUCUUGCACACAUGGGCGCGACGUUAUGGGGUUCUAUGAGGCAUAUUAUAUCACCUUCCAUUGCUGACGGGGCUUUCCAUCAUUAUGAGAAGAUAUCUUUCCAGUUGUUUUUCAUUACACAGGAGAAAGUCCGGAAUAUCAAGUCUUUGCCUGUGGAUAUAAAUGCUAUCACGAAAGGGCUUUCUUCUUUACUAUUACCUUCUCAGAAACCAAUGUUUAGUCAACACAUGUUACCGCUUUCAGAGGAUCCUGCGUUAGCAAUGGCUUUUUCUGUAUCUCGAAGAGCCUCUGCUGUACCUAUGCUGCUUGUAAACGGAACAUUUAGGAGAAAUGUUCGUUCGUACCUCGACUCUUCUAUUUUACAGCAUCAGUUGCAAAGGCUAAGUGAUCAUGGUUCUCUUAAAGGGUCACAUGCCCUUAGUAGGUCCACAUUGGAAGUUCCAAUUUUCUGGUUUAUACACGGGGAGCCGUUAUUAGUGGACAAACAUUAUCAGGCAAAAGCUCUUUCCGAUAUGGUUAUUGUAGUUCAAUCUGACUCAUCAUCAUGGGAAAGCCAUCUACAAUGCAAUGGCCAAUCCUUGUUGUGGAACUUGAGGAGGCCGAUAAAAGCUGCAUUGGCUGCGGUUUCUGAACACAUUGCCGGGUUGCUUCCACUUCAUCUUGUUUACAGCCAAGCUCAUGAAACUGCAAUUGAGGACUGGUUAUGGUCGGUGGGGUGUAGCCCGUUAUCCGUCACUUCUCAAGGGUGGCAUACCUCACAGUUUCUAUCAGAUACGAUUGCACGUAGCUAUAUGCUAACAACUCUCGAGGAAUCUAUACAGCAAGUUAACUCAGCAAUUCACCGUUUACUGGCAGAACGUACAUCUGCACAAAGUUUUAAGGCCUUCCAGGCGCAUGAGCGACACUUGGUGGACAAAUAUAAUUAUGUUGUUAACCGAUGGAAAAGAAUUUCAUCAAUUGCCGGAGAACUACGGUUUGUUGAUGCAUUGAGACUUUUAAGUAGUCUGGAAGAUGCUUCCAACGGGUUUGUAGAGUAUGUGAACACUACGGUAGCCAGCCUGCACCAGAUUCACUGCACCAAGCAGAGAAAAGUCAAGGUUGAGUUUGACUUGACCACUAUUCCCGCAUUCUUGGUUGUCUUCUUUGUGUUGUGGCUCGUGUUAAAGCCAAGACGACCCAAGGCUAAGAUUAACUGAGGUUUUAGGUUAUAGUGGUGCCCCCGACUUGUUAUUCUCGUUUCAAUCAUACGCGAUUCUAGAGAAAUAGGUUCAGACCAUACUCGAAUGUAAUUUUGUUUAUGAAGUUAAUAGAAAGGAUUUUUGUUACUUGUUAUUUUUUU